ACAGAAUUUUCUCUCCGUCUCACAUGAGCAAGAGACGCCAAGACGCAGUGGAGAAAGGUUUUUCGGUGUUCCUUUGAGUUUUGGAUCGAGCCUGAUCAACCGUCGAGCUCGCCUGAUCUCUUCUUACAAGCUGAAACCAUGAUUCACUUUGUUCUUCUCAUUAGUCGGCAAGGAAAGGUGAGAUUGACGAAGUGGUAUUCACCUUAUUCACAGAAGGAAAGAACUAAGGUCAUCCGAGAGCUCAGUGGUUUAAUUCUCACACGAGGUCCAAAGCUUUGCAAUUUCGUGGAGUGGCGGGGCUUUAAAGUUGUUUAUAAAAGAUAUGCGAGUCUGUAUUUUUGCAUGUGCAUCAACCAGGAUGACAAUGAAUUGGAGGUCCUUGAAAUUAUACACCAUUUUGUGGAAAUACUUGACCGUUACUUUGGAAGUGUCUGCGAGCUGGAUUUGAUCUUUAAUUUCCACAAGGCUUAUUAUAUACUGGAUGAACUUUUAAUUGCUGGUGAACUUCAGGAGUCUAGUAAGAAAUCAGUGGCACGCCUAAUUGCUGCACAGGAUUCCUUAGUGGAGGCUGCUAAAGAGCAGUCAAAUUCAAUAAGCAAUAUUAUUGCUCAGGCAACUAAAUGAGACUGAAGUUAAAGUUGAACUUCUUGAUGUCGUUUGGAGAUGCAGUUGAUUGAUUCUGAUUACAUCUGUAUGUGCUAAAUUUCAAUUAACUUAUUCUCUCUCUCUCUCUCUCUCUAUAGCUAUAUUACGUCUGUUUGUGUUUUGUACUAUUUUCUGCAAUGGAUGGUUGACUUGAUUAGUUGCAAAAGGAGUUUUCUGCUUGGUGAUACUACUAGGCUGCAGAACUGCGUGUAAUAGCAGCACUUAUGAGAAACUUUGAAGUGCAUUUGGAAAAAGUGAAGUGCAAAAGUUAUUUCUCUA